AGACCAGUCACCAUCGAGUGUGAUCAGCGGGAGGGACAGACCGUCACCGGAAGCGGAAACGGGGAGAGAGAGAGAAGCUGUAAGACUGCGGGAGCCGGAGUCAUGGUGGACGUGAAAGAUGCGCUGCUAUCGGUGCUGCCGAGUAUUCGUCUCCCCCGGGCGGGAGAUCGGGUCCACAAAGACGAGUGCGCGCUCUCCUUCCAGACCCCGGAAUCGGAGGGCGGUCUGUACAUUUGUAUGAACACUUUCCUGGGAUACGGCAGAUCUUAUGUAGAACGACAUUACAACAAAACCGGCCAGAGGGCGUACCUCCACGUCAAGAAAACCCUCAAACCGAAAUCUGAUGACUCCAACGCCGCCACCGGGGACCCCCCCCGCAAGAAACCCACCCGGCUCGCCAUCGGUAAGAUUUCCUUCCUCUGUGGUCUUCAUAUAUAAAACCAGUUUGUUUUA